UCUCUCCAUUCCUUUCCAGAACCGAUCAUCUUCCAAAAGUCCAUUCCAAGCCAUGGCUGCUUUCUUCGAUAUCGCCAUUUCCACAACUUAGCCAGAUGAAGUUAUGGAUCAAAAUUCUAGCCCCCUCGAUCGCCUCUGCCUUCCUCCUCCUCCUCCUCUCCAUCUUCCUUUGGUACCGCCGCUGCCGGCAGUUCUCCUCUCUGGAGACUCCCCAAUUCCCUCAAUCCGCAAGCAGAUCGAGGACGCAGAGUUUGCAAGCCGGGAUCGCCAAGUUGCACCUCUCCUUCCGCACCAGCACCCACAGCACAGCCGGAAGCGAGUCAGCGCUGGCGACGUUCAGUUGGGAUGACCACCCGAGACUGGUGGGCGAGGCGGUGGAGCACGGAUGGUCGCGAUUCAUGUUCUCAAGCGGCCAGCCACCGUGUCGGCGCUUUGCGCACCCAUGCGACAGCGGCUCCGGGGAGACGAAAUGGGAGGUGCCGCUUGGCUCUUUGGAAUUUUCGCAAACGGUUGAGUUGCGUCCGAGAGAGAGGAGCCUCCAUGGCGAAGAUGUCUCGACGGCGAGGAUGCUCCUUCCGUUACCCGGCCCUCCUCUCGGCGUCUCCUCCUUCCCUAAAGAAGCCUAUUUUGAGAUCACCGUCUUGUACCUGAAGAAACCGCCGGCACCGCAACAACAGUGGACUUUUCCUCGAGAAAAUAAGCGAACCAAGGCCGCGGACGUCGUUGAGGAAGCUGAUAGUGCGAAGCUUAUCUCGGAGAAUUCCUUCAAAUCCUAUGCCGUUCUUCCCUGUGCUUCCGAUGUUAUCGUUACUCCAAUCCCAGAAACCAAAGCUUACGCCGAAGAAGAAGAAUGUCGCAACCAAAUCAACAACACAAUUCUCAUAUCAUUGGGCCUCACCCAUGGUGGAACACUUCCAGGAGGAUCAUUCUCCGGCACAUACCCAGGCUCCAUUGGUUUCCACUCCAAUGGCUGCGUCUUUCUCGACGGAACGAUGCUCGUUUUCGAAUCGGAGAAAUCAGGGUGGGCAGAGGUGAACAGGGUAAUCGGCUGCGGCUUCGAUUCGAGGAAGAAGAAGGUGUUCUUCACGGUGGAUUCGGAGCUUAUGCACGUCAUUCACUGUAGCUCAGACAUCUACAAAGCUCCCAUGUUCCCCAUCAUCGCUUCAAACACAAACGCAACGAUUCUGAUCAACUUGGGACAGAGCAGAUUCAAGUAUGAGCCGGCAAAUGUGCAAAGGACGUCCAAUCCUUGCUUCAUCGGCUCGUCGUCGUUAGACCGAAGCGGAGCCACCAUCGGCGAAGAUGAUAGCCGCGAGCUCUUCUCUAUGGGCAGGAUCGAUCCGCAGUGGUUCGACGCAGUUAAGAAAAGCCAGAGCAGCACUAAGAACACUGUAAAUCAGAACGAUGCCAGCUACUUGGUGGAUGUGGAUGCUGAUUCUGAUCUUUUCGAGAUCUCACUGCGCAUUUGACGAAUCAUUAGAACAAGUUGACAGAAAAUACAAAACUUGAGAAAAUUUUAAGUUGCCUAUAGAAAAUUUAGCUACAGUAAAGAUUUUGAUAUUGUCAAAAUAGCUUUAUAUUUUAUUUCAGUUUAAAACAUUACCUCAUUUGCAUCCUCUAAUAGUGGAGACAACUUUAU